GAUUGUGGGACACUGAUGGAAUAGCAAAUGUGUUUAGGAUGCAUUCAAGCCUGUAGUUUCCUUUGCACAUUAUGUAGGCGAGAUUAGUUUGACUUUCACAACAUUUUAAAUAGAACUUAUCAAAUAGGCUGAACUAUACAUGUGCGUACUUCAGUUUAAAUUAUUACUUUUUCCUAAUUGCUUCUUAAAUCUUAAAUCUGUGCAGUAUUUUGGCCAUGGGCGGAGAGCAGGACCAGGUGGUGGUGGUCGGACUCAUGUUACGCACAGUUAUGAGGAGUGGGUCUACACGCUCUGCCCGGGCCGGAGGAGGGACUUGUGGGACAUGUGGACCGGAGAGAGUCGUUCACUGAACUUUUUGCUUUGAGUCCAUGCGCGUCCGUCUGUGAUGUUGGGCAGCAGUGGUAAAUCACAGGCGACCAGUGCCAAAGAGCAUAAGAAAAAAGCUGUGGAUAAGCCGGUGGACCCCGUGAAGAAACUGGGUCUGGUGGACAAUGCCGAUGUGCAGUGGAUGAUGCAAGGCUGUAACAUGGUGAAGGUGCGGUCGUCGCGGUGGCAGAAGAGCAGACACCUCCGGCUCCUGGAGGACGGCCUCACUGUGUGGUGUGAGUCCACAAAGAGCUCACGCAAGGCCAAAGCUAGCCAGACCUUUGCAGUGACGGAGGUGGAGUGUGUUCGUGAGGGGUGUAAGUCCGAAGCUCUGAGGCAGAUUUCCGGGUCAGUGCCGGAGAGCCACUGCUUCACGGUGGUCUUUAAAGGAGUGAGGAAGAGUCUGGACCUCCUCUGCCCCAAUGAGGAAGAGGCUCGGCGCUGGGUCAGUGGGCUACGGACCCUCAAGGACUGUGUGGCCAACAUGAGCCAGAAAGAAAAACUCGAUCACUGGAUCCGCGGCUACCUGAGACGAGCGGACCAGAACCAGGAUGGAAAAAUGAGCUACGAUGAAGUGAAAAGACUCCUUCAGAUGAUCAACAUUGACUUAAGUGAACAGUAUGCACGAAACCUGUUCAAGAGAUGCGAUCGCUCUGGUGACGGCCGGUUGGACCACGUGGAGAUUGAGGAGUUCUGCCGGGAGUUGCUGCGUCGGCCGGAGUUAGACUCAGUUUUCCGACAUUACUCCGGUAAUGGCUGUGUGCUUUCCACCGCGGAGCUCCGUGACUUUCUGGGAGAUCAGGGAGAAGACGCCUCUCUGCUACACGCCAAGAAGCUAAUACUCACCUAUGAGCUCAAUGAAUGGGCUCAGACAAACCAGUUCAUGACUCAGAAUGGCUUCACCAUGUACAUGCUAUCCCUGGAGAAUGAUGUGUUUAACCCCGAACAUGCCACAGUCUACCAGGACAUGACACGCCCCCUGGCCCAUUAUUUCAUCUCCUCCUCACACAACACCUACCUGACCAAGGACCAGGUCACCAGCGCCAGCAGUACUGAGCCAUAUAUAAGGGCUCUGAAUCAGGGCUGUCGCUGUGUAGAGCUGGACUGUUGGGACGGGGAUAAAGGGGAGCCUGUCAUAUACCACGGCCACACACUCACCUCCAAAGUGCCCUUUAAGGAGGUCAUAGAAACCAUCGCACACUUCGCCUUUAAGGCGUCUCCGUACCCUCUGGUCCUGUCUUUAGAGAACCACUGCUCAGUGGAGCAGCAGGCGGUCAUGGCCAAACACCUCCGCUCCAUUUUGGGCAACCGUCUCCUCACCAAGCCCCUGAGCGACCAGGCCCUGAACGAGCUGCCCUCUCCAGAGGAGCUUAAGUAUCGAAUUCUGGUGAAGGGGAAGAAGCACACGCCUCACCUGGGCCAACUGGUGAAGACUGGGAGCUCGGCCAGUUUCUCCUCCAGCACUGAGCUGGAGGAGCUGGGGAACAGCAGCAAAAACACACCCAAGAGGGACUCAACAAAGGUCUGUUCCAAGCUGAGCCCAGAGCUAUCAGAGCUGGUGGUUUACUGCCGCAGUGUCCCCUUCAGUGGAUUUGAAAACACGACUGAAAAGGCCCCAAAUGAUAUGUCCUCCUUCUCCGAGAGCGAUGCCCUCAGGCUGAUCAAAGACUCUGGAAAGCUAUUUGUACGGCACAACAGCAGGCAGCUGAGCCGGAUCUACCCCUCUGGCCAGCGUCUCCAAUCGUCCAACUACGAUCCUCAGGAAAUGUGGAACGGGGGUUGCCAGAUGGUGGCUCUGAACUUCCAAACCCCCGGAGAGCAGAUGGACUUGAACCAGGGUCGCUUCCUCCAGAAUGGUCGCUGUGGAUACGUGCUCAAACCCAGCUUCAUGUGCAGCUCCUCCUCCGAGUUUAACCCCGAAAAUACAGGAGGGGGGCCUGGACAUGUACCCACACAACUGACUAUACGAAUCAUUUCAGCACAGCAGCUGCCCAAGAUCAACACAGAGAAGGCCAGCUCCAUCGUGGACCCCCACGUCUGGGUCGAGAUCCAUGGGGUGGAUAUAGACAAUGCUAAAAACAAAACCCAUCGCAUCGACAACAAUGGAUUCAACCCGAGGUGGGACUGCACGCUGAGCUUCCAGCUGCAGGUGCCGGAGCUGGCCCUUGUGCGGUUUGUGGUGGAGGACCACGAUCACAAAGCAAAAAAUGACUUUGUGGGACAGUUCACUUUGCCUUUUAUGAGUUUACGAACAGGUUAUCGGCACAUUCACUUACUCAAGGCAGAUGGCUCCAGUCUGUCCCCCGCCACUCUCUUUGUCCACGUCAAAGUGGCACGCCGAGGAGUUCCCAUCAAAACCGUCGCAGAGCGAAUGGCCAUUGCCAAAGGCAAAGCAUGACAUGAAUCUAAACAGCUGCUAAGCGGUUAUUCCAAAACAAAAGGCUUUGACGAAAGCUUUUGAAUACAGCAACACUGCUGCUGCAGUUUGCCUGUCUCCUGGACCAGACCUCAAGUGGUCCAACUCACACAGAGCCACAAGUCUGAAGGAAGAGAGGAAAUCUGAGUCCUUAACAAACGAUGUGCCUCAGGCUGGAUCCAUGAUUCACUGAGAGUCUGUGAUAGAGACACUGAAUAUUGUAUUUUAUGGAGGACAGAGACACAAUCUGAAGUAUUUUAGUUAUACUUAAGUAUUAACUCAGUAUUAACUCUAAUGAAGUGAUUAGAAGUUAAAAUAACAUCUUUAAAAGAACCUAAUGAUGGUUUUGUUAUGACUGGAAAAUGCUCACACAUAUAAUUACUACUAUUCUAUUUUUAAUAAUAAUAAUACUUUCAGCAUUAUUGAUUUUGUUGUAUUGUAACAGAAUACAUUUCAAUCUAACAAAUGGGUGAUGCAUACCCAGUCUUACUUGAAACUCCUCCCACAUUAAGCACUUUGUUACUGGUGAUAAAAGUAGGCUACAGACAGUAUUCUAUCAUACUGUAUCUUAAACAGACAUUUGUUGUUUACAAAACCUCUUAAUUAUCAUUUAGAUUGUUCUGUGUAGGCCAACUGAAGAUGUGGCUUUACAUGAAGAGGCUUAUCUUGGUGGAUUACAUAUUACUUACACACUACUGCAUAAUCUUACAAAUACUGACUGAACUAUGCCCUGACGUAGGCACUUGUAUUAAUUGUUCUGUGUAGAAUACAAAAUGUGCUUAGCCAUUGUAACACCUGAAGUGGUGUUGAAUUGUUUUAAUAAUGUGAAUUUUGUUUCAUGUUUUGUGUGUGCAACGGAUGUACUGUUGUUUCCAUAACUUAAGUUAAAAACACUGUUGUGACUUAAUUCUUUUUGUGAAAUAAGAUUUGAGAGCACCAUUUCAAGAUAAACACCCUUCACUGAUUCUGGUAUCAUAAUUAAAAGUACAGUUUGAUCAUGUUUUUUUGUUGUUGUUAUUGUUUUUAAUCAUGUCAUCAUGGAUUAACUGGACCCAUGUAGUUUACUUCAAGAGUAACCAUAUGGUCACUUGCCAGUUGACUUGUUCAAUGUGUAGGAUUUGAAUAUGCUUCAAUUAGACCUGUCUUUUGAGUUGUCUGUUACAUCUAAUUCAAUCUAAAUUGUGCAAUGUCUCCAAUUUAUUAUAACAUCCUGUUUGAUUUCAGUGUUGUAAUCACUGUCUUAUAAAUAAAGAAAUAA